UGGAGGGUGCAUGAGCAUUAUUCCAUGCACUACGAAGCACACCUAUAUAGGGAGUAAGGAGCCAUUUGGAAUUAACCCCUAGCCUUCAAAAAUCAAUUUUCACCGAAAAUCGCAGGAUCCGGCUUCGCUAUACUCCAGCUGUUCAUCACAUCAAAGUACAAGUCCACACAGAGUCUGUUCAUCUGCUCGUUUGGAAAGGAGCCGAGAAGUGCUGCAAAUGGAGAAUGGAGGCUUGGGAUACAUGAUGGCAGAUCCAGUCACCUUAAAUGUUGGUGGCCAUUUAUACACCACCUCUUUGUCUACACUUCAGCGUUAUCCAGACUCCAUGCUGGGUGCCAUGUUCCGUGGUGAUUUUCCAACAGCACGGGAUGCCCAGGGAAACUAUUUCAUAGACCGUGACGGCCCACUGUUCCUCUACAUCCUGAAUUUUCUAAGAACUUCCAAGCUGACUCUGCCGUAUGACUUCAAAGAGACAGAACUUCUGCGUAAAGAAGCGGAUUUCUAUCAGAUAGAGCCACUAAUCCAGUGUUUAAGUGACACGAAACCACUCUAUCCACAGGACACAUUCGAGGAGGUGGUGGAACUUUCCAGUAUUCGGAAGUUAUCCAAGUACUCAAAUCCGGUAGCUGUCAUUAUCACGCAAGUCACCAUAACCACCAAAGUGCACACUUUGCUGGAAGGCAUCUCCAACAACUUUACACGCUGGAACAAACACAUGAUGGACACUCGCGAUUUUCAGGUAUCUUUCACAUUUGGACCUUGUGACUACCAGCAGGAGGUGGCACUUAGGAUGCACCUUGUGGAAUAUAUCUCUAAGCAGGGUUUCACCAUCAGGAAUACACGUGUGCAUCACAUGAGCGAGAGGGCCAAUGAGAACACUGUAGAGCACCACUGGACUUUCUGCAGGUUGGCACGCAAACAUGAAGACUGACAACUGUGGCUGAGAUGGUCCAGAGCAGUUGUUCUCAAAAUAGUUUCAGAGAGGUUUUUUUGACAAAGUGGUGGAAAUCAGAAUCAAAGUUAGAGUAUUUAUAAUUGAGUUCCUUUAUUAGUGGCAUUAGCUGGUCGCUGUCAUGGGAACGUUCAGGAAUAAAAUGCUCCAAUUAAUAGGAAAAAUAGUAUUGUACAUAUGGAGACUAAUAUUUGAAUCAUUGGAUUAUGUGUGGACAUGCUAAAAAAAGGUUUGAGAACCCUUGGUCUAGUGCAAAGCUGUCCAAUCUUAUCUAGAAAGGGCCGGUGUGGGUGCAGGUUUUCAUUCCAGUCAGGCAGGAGCCACACCUGAUUCCUGCUGCUUACUCAACUGAUCUUGGCUUUCAGUAGUCUCAGGUGUGGCUCCUGCUCAUUUGGAAUGAAAACCUGGCCAUUUGUGGAUAAGAUUGGACACUCCUGGUCUAGAGUGUUGCCCAUAAACACUAGACCUCCAUUAACAUCUCCAGUUUUGCAUGUUGGAUUGUUACAUCACUGCAUUCGUCCCGUUUGUUCUGAUCAAUAAUAAACUUUAAAUUCAAAAGUCAAGUUAAUAAUUGAUGCAAUUAUCAUAUCGCAAAUGCAAUAACUUACCUGAUAAAUAGAUAAAGAAUCCCUUACGCUGAUGUGAAAUUAGCAAUGUUGCUAUCUUUUUGUUUUCAUUUCUGGUAUGUCAGAUUGCUCACACCUUACAAACUCCCACCGGUUUGGGCAUUCAAGUGAAUCCUUCCCUUCCCUGAGUCAAGACAGGUCUGACAUUUUGGUAAUUUGUUUUUUUUUAAGGCUUACCACACUGACUUUUACUCUGAGCGAUAACAAUCUAUCAGACAACAUUAUGUGUAACGAGAAGAACUUUAUACAGAUUGUGUUGUAAUCUGUGACAUGAUUGACAGCAGAUUGGGUCCUGUCCUGAUGCUGCAUACCAACCGAAGAUAAAACGAGCAUUAGUGAAAACAAAUUAAAGAAUUUAUUUACAAAUCAUUCCGUUAUCGUUCAGGAUUAGAUCAGCCAGGACAUGUUUGCUGUCUGAGGUUUGUAGUAGAGCUACAAGGCCAUUUUCCUGUAUACAUUUUCCACAUUAUUAUCCUUAAAUUUACACUUGCACUCAUCUCAUUCAGGAUUUAGCUUCACAGUAUACAGUAUAAGGUGUCUCUGAUGUCAGUAUCAUGUGCAUAUCAUCUAAUUAUGGCAAUAAUUGUGCAUAUUAUGUGCAAAUAAUAGUGCUGGGUGUGGUUUGACCUGUGAAAACGGGUUUUCUUUCUUUUAUGGCUGGGACAGUUGAAUUACUUUCGAACAUUGUGAUUAGUAAUAUGCAAUAAACAAGCAGGUUAAUAAAUACGUUGCUGUAGAAAUUCACUAAGCGAAGCUCUACUGUGCAGGUGAAUUUUAUAUUUUAUAGAUCAGGAAUCAGGACUGUUCAGUUCCUUGUUAAUGUGUGAAAUUUAAAUGUAAUACUUCCAGAUCUUUUAGUGAAUUAUUUAUAUUGGUUUUUUUGUCAUGUAGUAUUGUUUAAAUACAGCUCUCUUUAAAGAUAAAUCUUAUGAAAAAGUUUGUGUGAUGUUAUAACUUUGAUAUUCAGGUACUUAAAGUUAUGUACUUUUAAUGUAAGUGAACAGGGAUGCUCUUAGGUGUUGAUGUCUUUAGCAGAAUGUAAGUUAUUCCUUUAUUCCAUGAUUUAAAUUGUAAAUAUGUGUGAAGAUCCUAUGCUUUAUUCACAGUGUUUAGUGAUAUUUCUAAAAUGAAAGUUGUUAUGUUUGUGUUUCCAGGUUACUUGAAUGAUGACUAAAGAGUGUUCAGGAAAAACAAAACCAAACUUUUGUUAAAAAUGUUCAGGUUCAGUAUUUAUGCUAUGUCCCAAAUGUCUAUUUUAUGUGCUUACUGGAAUGCAAUUUUAAGACGUUAAACACCCUAAUGUACAGAUUGAUGCAAUUUAAAAAAGAAAUAAACAUGUAAAUUUCAGGUUCAUGUCUUUUAUACACAUAUUGGCAAAUGUUUUUGGAUAUCUGACCCCUUUGCUGUUUCUUCUUCUUUGCCCUACACUGACCUAAACUAGCUUAAAGAUCUAAUAAAAAUAAAUCAAAAAGUCUCUGUGAGAUUUAGUACAAAUAAUCAGCCAGAUUCAUGAAGACUGAAUUUGGAUGAGUUUGUUUUAUUGCCAGUCAAACAAGAUAGCAAACAAACCAGCUGGUUCCAGGAGCACAAGUGCCAUAAACAUGCGACUUGCACUGAGAUUCCACAGGUUAUAGUAUCCUUAUAUACAUUUCAUGUAUGUUCCUCUUAUCAGCCCUUAUCAGUCCAAUCACACAAUCACAUGUUAACGCCUUUGCUUACAUACAAUCACAAUUCUACAUACGUAUUCUGGUUAUGUAAGUUCCCAUUAUUUCCAGAGGCUUUGGGUUUUUUCCACUUAUAGUAGUACUGUCUAAAAUUUUUCUAUUAUCUUUUAACUCACUUGCUCCAUCACCAUCUUGAGAAGCCUAGAGCUUCCUAGUUCUUCUUUAUUUUGCUCUGAGGCUUCUUUGAACAUGAGUGAGUAAAAAUUCUCUUUGUUUUAGAUUUCUGGUUUAAAGUCUGUUUAUCUAGCCCUUUUGAUAUUUUCUAGCUGUUUUAAUAUGUUCCUAGUGUUAGCAGUAUUUUUAUGAAUCUGCAAUAUACCGUAUGCCCUUAGCCCCCCCCCCUUGUUAGUUGGUUCCUUUCUCACACUUACAAUUUUGGGCCCAUAUUCUAUAGUUCCUAAUUACCCUUGUGUUCCUAGCUGAUAUUUCACUCAUGGUCUAGAGGUUCCUAGACAUGCCUGACAUUUCCAUCCCGAGUCUCUCACAGAUCUCUUCAUUCUUUACACUAAAGAGGAUGGAUCCUCCAAACCUCUGGUGACCAAGAUGAUUGAUGCGUCUAUGCAAGCCCAUUCCUUCUUCUUGAGGGACUCAAAUGUCUCCACUUCUGACCUUGGGAGGUCAAGGUUCAUUAAUGCAUGUGGAGAGAAAGGCUGGCCCGAAUGGUCCGAGCCAACAGACGAGCUACUGUUGCCCAGAUUGCUGAAGAAGUUUAUUCUGGUUUUGAUAGAAAUUUGUCAGAACACACAGUGUAUCACAGUUUGCAGCAUAUGGGGCUGCAUAGCUGCAGACCAGUCAGGGUGCCCAUGCUGACCCCUGUGCACCAUCAACAGUGCCAAUAAUGGGCACAUGAGCAUCAGAACUGGACCCUGGAGCAAUGGAAGAAGGUGGCCUGAUCUGAUGAAUCGUAUCUUCUUUUACAUCUACAGAAAGCAAGACAGCAAAGGCAGUGUCAUGCUCUGGGCAAUGUUCUGCUGGGAAACCUUAGGUCCUGCCAUCCACAUGGAUGUUACCUUGACACAUACCACCUACUAAAGCAAUGUGGCAGACCAUGUACACCCUUAUGCACCCUUGGCCUUCAAAUUCCCCAGAUCUCAAUCCAUUCAAGCAUCUGUGUGAUGUGCUGGACAAACAAGUCCAAACUAUGGAGGCCCCACCUCAAAACUUACAGGACUUAAAGGAUCUGCUGCUAACAUCUUGGUGCCAGAUACCACAGCACACCUUCAGGGAUCUAGCAGAGUCCCCACUGUCACCCACUUGAGUUCCUGGGUGAUGAUGGUUCCCAGGAAAUGCAAGGAGUCCACAGUAUUGACUGGGGAGUCACAUAGGAUUAUAGGUGUAGGUGGUGCUGGGUUCUUCCUAAAGUGUACAACCAUCUUGACUAUUUUCAAAGUAUUAAGCUCCAGGUUGUUCUGACUGCACCAAUUGACCAGAUGGUCAUUCUCUGUCCUGUAGGCAUCAGAGAUGAGCCCAGUGACAGUGUUGUAGUUUGCAAACUUUAGUUUGACAGACUGAUGACCAGAGGUGCAGCUGUUGGUGUACAGGGAGAUGAGUUAGAGGAAAGAGAACACAGCCUUGAGGGGAACAAGUAUUGAUGGUCCGGGAGACAGAAACAGUCUCACAUGCUGCUUUCUUUCAGUCAUGAAGUCUAUGAUCCACCUACAUGGGGAAUCAGGCACACUUAGCCUUUCCAUGUGGAGUUUGCAUGUUCUCCCUGUGACUGCAUGGGUAAACUCCAGUUUAUUCUGGGUACUCUGGUUUCCUCCCACAGUCCAAAAACACCUACAUUAGGUUGUUUGGUAAUUCUAAAUUGCCCAUGGGAGUGAGUGUGUGUGGUUGUCUAUCUAUAUGGACUGGUGAUCUGUCAGGGUGUACCCCUGCCUUUUGCCCUGGGAUAGGCUAAAUAGAUCCCCGUGACCCUAAUUAGGAAUAAAGCAGGUAUAGGAUGAAUGGAUGGAUGGAUGGAUCCUAGCAUAGGUUCCUGGGGAGUCACGUGCUGGAGGAUGAAGUAGAGGGCCAGGUGAAAUCAUCUACAGACUAGUUUGCUUUGUAGGCAAACAACAGAGCAUACAGAAGAGGGUCUGUGAUGGAUCUGAGGUAGUCAAAGGACUUAACUACCACAGAUGUCAGAACAACAGGUCUGUAGUCAUGCAAUCCUGGGUAUUUGGGGGAUGGGAGUGAUGGUGAAAGUCUUGAAGCAGGCUGGUAGAUGGCAUAUCUCUAGUGAAAUGUUAAAGGUGUCUGUGAAUACACCUUUGCACUGUACUUCAAGGUGGAUGGAGAGACAGGUCUGGUUGCUUUGUGUGGGUUCUGCUUCUUGAAGACUCUCUCUAGGAUGGAGAGAGUCAUUGUUGAGGUUGUUCUUGAGGUGGGGGAGGAGGGCCAUUGCUGUGGUGGGGGAGGUGAGGCUAAUGGGCUGGAAUUGAUGUUGAUGGCUGUUGUUGUAGGGGGUGUUGGUGACAGGACUGUUCCACUGACUUUCAAUGUGAUUGUAGAACUCAUUCAGGCUGUUGGCCAGACGAAAGUCAUUGGCAGAAUUGGGGGCUUUAGGAUUGUAAUUUGUGAUACUGUCGACAAAAUUCUAUACAAACUGGACUGUUUACAAACACUUGUUCUUACAUUACAUGUUUUAGCAUACAUGCACAAACUAUUUCAAUCUCACAGUUCUGCACUUUACACCUGCAGUCUUACUCAUACUGAUGUUAUUGUACAUAUUGUACAUAUUGUACAUGCUGUUUUUCUACCUAACUUUCUGUGAAGUUUACAUUUAUCUUCAUGUUUAUGUUCAUGUUUACAUCUAUCUUCAGCUUAUUUGCACCUUGAAUAUAUUUGUAUAUUAAUAGAAUUCACUGUUUACACUUACUCAGAUAUAUAUCCAUUCAGAAGUUCAAUUAACUUUUCACUGGUUUAUUUAUAUCUAUUUAUUAUAAGUAUACUACUGGUACCGUCACAAAUCUGUAAGUACAAUGUUAAUACUGAUGAGAGAAGAGAAACGGUAUUUCGAUUCCUCUGUAUGUCUGCACAUAUGGUGGUACUGACAAUAAAGAAAACCUUGAACCUUGAUCUGCCUGAGCCCUUUCCCUUUCGAGACGGAGUCAUUGGCUGAAAUUUGCUGUUGUAGUUUCUUGUUGUAGAGUACAGCUUUUAGCUACUCUCACUGCCUUGGCAUACAUAUAAUGGGCAAGGAGGCCUGUGGUGCAAUUCAUUCCAUAGGUGUUCAGUAGUGUUGAGGUGAGGGCUUCAUUCCACUCUAAUUCUUCCUGUUCAGCCUUGGUAAACCAUGCACUCAGAGAAUGUGUCAUGCUGAAACAGGUUUGGAAGCCUUAUUUCUAGUGAAUGGAAAUUGUAACACUACUGCACAAGAGAUAUCCUAUACAUUUGUGUGCUUUAAACUUUGUGGUAACAACUGGGGAAGAACCACAUAUGGGUGUUAUGCUGAAGUAUUUGCAAACAUUAAUAUGUGUUGUACUGAUCAGCUAUUACAUGCUAACCACUUGCGUAAUAU